AUGGCCGAGGAACCGACCUAUGAAGACUACGUGAAUCGAAUUCACUACUCUGAAAAGUACUCUGACGAUCAGUGGGAGUACCGGCACGUCAUCUUGCCCAAACCGUUUUUGAAGCGGAUCCCGAAAAGCUACUUUGAUCCCGAAGAGCCGGGCGUCCUUCGCAUUCUUUCUGAUGCUGAGUGGCGAGGCAUCGGCAUCACGCAAAGUCUUGGAUGGGAGCAUUACGAAGUGCAUGCUCCGGAGCCACAUAUUCUUCUCUUCCGUCGCGAGAAGGACUACCAAGAAAAGUAUGGUCCGCAUGGCAAGCCUUCAGAUGCUGCCAAGAUCAAGGCUGCGCAAGCCGGUCACCCUGCUCAUGGCAACCAGCCGUGA